AAUAUCAUUAAUUAAAAAAACAAUUACGUGUUGUUUCUCAUGCAUACACAUAGGGGACAUGGGGGACAAGGGAUAAUAAAAGAAAAACCUGGCAGCAGUGGAUCCACCACAGGUCAAUAAGCGAGAGACAAAAAAACAAAAACAAAACAAAAAAACCCCUGGGAGACAAAAAGUGCAAUUGUAAGCUCAUCAGCCAUCAACUCAUUAGUGGUUGUCAGCCCCCGUCUACACUGCAAUAAUAAGUCUGCAGUAAUUUCCUCAUUAAGGCUGCUCCUUCAAUCUGGAGCACUUUGGAGGAAGCUUCAUAGCUCAGCAAGGUUAGGAGGACACGCCCUUAACUUUGGAAGCGGUGCAGUGGGUGCGAGUGCUCACCCUCAGCUGCUCAUGUCAUCAGUGGAGCAGAGAAAAGGGAGAGAUUGAGGGUGGUAACUUCUAUCAGCGAGCUUUUUUUUUUUCCUGCUUUGGCGCAUCCGCCGUCGAGCUCUGCCUGCUGUGUUUACCUCUCUGUGGUCCGGGGAGAAACUGGGGGGGGAAUCCACCUGCCGGAGAGCAAGACACACCUCGGGAUGGAUGCCCUGAAAUCCGCCGGCAGAGCGAUCAUCAAGAGCCCCGGAGUUCCGCGGCACACAUGGGGAACUUCAAAGCACGAAAAGCUGCCAGAGAACUGGACAGACACCAAGGAGACGUUGCUGGAGGGGAUGGUGUUCAACGUGAAGUACCUGGGCAUGACGCUGGUGGGCCAGCCCAAAGGAGAGGACAUGGCUUCGGCAGCCAUUCACAGAAUCGUCGCCACGGCCAGAGCCAGUGCUAAGAAGUUUCGGAAAGUAACGCUGACGGUCUCACCGAAAGGCAUCAUCAUCACAGACACGGAGACUACAGACCUCAUAGAGAAUGUCUCCAUAUACAGAAUCUCUUACUGCACGGCAGAUAAAACUCAGGACAAGGUCUUCGCAUACGUCUCUCAGAGUCAAUUCAACGAGACUCUGGAGUGCCAUGCGUUUCUCUGCCAAAAGAAGAAGAUUGCUCAGGCUGUGACAUUAACGGUUGCCCAGGCCUUUAAAGUAGCUCUAGAUCUUUGGGAGAUUGCUCAGGAAGGCAAAAGCAAAAAGACCAGGACCUGCUGUUCCUGUGCGGCAAACAACGGGCAGACGGAGGCAACAGACACUCAGUGUGUUCCAGCAGAGGCGCACAAGCCUGUUGGGAUGGAGGAGAAGCUGCGGAGGCCUUUUUUCUCCGCCUCGCUCAGCUCGCCCUCACCUCGGAGUAACCCCACUCGAAGGCGACCAAUCAAACAUGACUCCUGGGAUGUGGAGGAUGGACUCGAUGAUGCGUUCUCAAGCAACAUGGAAGUAGAGAUGGACACUGACUGGCCGAGUCCCGCUCCGAACCCGUCUCUGACGAUGCAGCUCUGAGUCCCCAGGAGGUCUCCACUGUGGAUCUGUUGUCUAUCUGCAACAAUGAGUUUGAAUAACACCCUGGCAACAACUGCCCAAUUUACAGCACCACAAAAAAUUUGACAGAAUUCAUACCACAGUCUCCAAGACCAGAUAAAAAAACAAACAAAAACCCCCCUUAAAAAUCUAACACACACACACACACACACACACACACACACACACACACACACACACACACACACAAAAAAAACGGCAUACAGCAACUGAACAGACAGGAAAACAUAUCACGCUCCCUGGUGCACAACCUGAAUCAGAGAGGCUCUGUUUGAUAUUCUGUGGCUGCUGCAUAGAAGCCAGGAUGAAUACCCUGAUAUUAUAAACUGCUAUUUCUGUGAAUGCCUGCCAUUCAACACACACACUCCACUCAGUGUAAACAGCCAUCUCCUGCCAUAUUCAAACAUUCACAAACUGCCGGAUGAUAGAUGGAAGGAAAGAUGUCACAUGCACAGCGAGCAAAAAUUAUAUAUUUCUACUCAAGAAGUUCCCACAGAAGAUCACAGGCUGAAUAAUGUACCAAGUUUGGACUGUGUCUCCUUGUAAUCAAAACUUGUAAAAAAAGAAAACAACAAAGAAACACCUUCACGUGUGGAUUCUACUUGUAAAUUCUGAGGAUUGCACAACGGUUUACUUUGCAUCAAGAAGUGUGUGUAUAUACGGCUGCCGUCGCUCUCUGGAAAUGUGAAAAAUCUCUGAUCCUCUUGUUUGUCUGGUGGAGCAACAGAUGCCAGUCUCUUCAGUCACUGGAAGAAGUCCAGCUUUAGAAAACAUCAUCAGACGCUGGUGUGAAUGUUCUGUCGUGAUACUGAGUGAAUUAUAUAUUCCUCAUUCAGUUUGUGGUGCUGAUUGAUCCACUUCCGCUUUGGAGAAUUAAAUGGCAUGCGAUAUAGUAGUUUAGACGUUCAGGCAUAUGCAACAUAAAUAUAUGUGGUAACAAAUGCCACAGUCAUGAGUCAUGCAGUUAACAUGUACAGAGUGGAGUGCAGUGUUUAUAUUUUAUUUCCAACAAAUCAAGCAUAAGCUUGGUGUUUUUCUUUGGCCAGAAAUUCCCAACCCAAAAACGCCUGAUGUGGUUGAAAGAAAGCUUUCAACCACAUCUUGUGGCCUUCCUUAGCAGAUGGAGUUGCUCAGUUAUCAUGGAGAUGGUUUGUUGCAUAACAGGUAGUUGAAUGGGGUGAGUGGGGGGUUAAUAAGCAAUAGAGAUAAAUUAUCUGAAGACAGAAAUUAGUUUCCCUUUCUUUUCAACCGCCUGUUCUCACGAGACCUAAAUUCCAUACAUAGGUCAUGUGAUAACGAAAUCAUCUUCAUGACAACUGAGUUACUUUAUCUGCUGAGCAGGGACACGAGUUGUUGCUAGAGCUUCAGAAACAUCAAGUAAGUGGGACUUGCGUUAGAUAUUUUUAGCCAAACUACUUUUUUUUUUUUUUUAGGUCAAGAAUUAAGCUCCAAGCUAAAACUAAAAACAGUGUUUUUUUUUUUUAAUUCAGUCUCUUUACAGGGUUUAAAGUUGUGCAUUCAAGUGAACUAGAGCUUAGGGACCCUGAGCCAUGCAGUUCACAAACUACAGUUUGACACCUAAAGCGAUUAAAUGUUGCACAUAAAGUUUGCUGACUCAGAAGAGACAGAUUAUAAAAACAGUGAUCAGAAUUGAAGCAAAAGAGGCAGAGAUGAUGAUAUUCCCUAGUUGGAGCCAAGCUCCAAAAAUCCUGGAUCCUACUAUACCCAUAAUGCAAUGCAAGACCCCACCUCCCAGGAUCAAACACCAAUCUCUUUAUGACCAGAGUCUUUGCAAUAAAAGUUUUGUAGUCUCCGAAUCCAAGUCGGGAUAACUCUGAUGACAUCACUAUGACAUCAUCAGGGUCAGGACGACAUUAUACAACAAUAAGCUGAACUUGAUGUUUACCUGGUUUUAAAAAUCUAAUUCCAACACACAACCUUACUGCUGUGGUUGAUUCGGUCAUCAGGAUUAAUGACCCGCUGGUAACUUGCUGACUUUAUGUCAUUGUCAAUAGGAUGUUUGCAAUAGAAAGAAAACCCAAUCUUCAUCACUAAACAUAACAGCAAAUUUCAGUGCUGUCUCAGUUCAAUGUGACAUACUGUAACUCUUCAUCCGUUCCGCUGUCACACAUUCAGCUGUUGUGAGAAGAAUAGCAAUGAUGUAAGGUUAUGAGGACAAUUGUAAGGCAAGGCUAUUAGAGUAAAGAAACCUAUUUCCAUAUGCUGUAUUUUUUCAUUGUCAAAGCUGUGUAAUUUAUGUAUGCCUAUUGUAACAUUAUAUAUGAAGUAGGAUGACUAGAAUCAGGGCUUCACAAAAGUUGUUUUUAAAAAAAAAAAAAGAAAAAAAAAGAAAAAAGAUCACUCUUGUUGAGAUGUGAAUGUGUAGAUGCUUGUAUGUUUUGCGUUAGGUUAGACAAUUUAUACAAAUGUAAUCUUAUGUGGUUUUUAUUACUGCAGGAAUUGCUUUAUUUUUUCAAAAUAGCCAUUAGCAACUCAUGAACAGUAUACAAGUCACAAAACAAUGAUCCUGUUCUCAAGUCGGUAAUCACCUCUUACACUCACAGAUGCAGUUCACAUUUUCAUCUCUUAACUGCCGCCUGUGCAGUAGAACAUGUCCUUUGUCCCAAAUCUUAUUACAGAGAGAUUGUUGUUCUGCACAGACUCUGCAAAUUAUUUUUAUCCACCACUUAGAUGACGUUCUCCAUCAAGAGGAUAUUAUAUUGUGCCCCCAGUCUGGCUGAAGUGGUCCGUCUCUCUGUAUUCAGGGCAUCAUGACAGAAUAAUUGUGACGGCGAGAGGUAGCAGGGGCCCUGUGUUGUUGUCAUGACACCCGCUGCAGUAUAAUUGGAUGGCUUAUCAGGUUAUGCCAUGAAGCUUAAUUGCAUUGUUUCAUUCCUGACUGGCUGAAAAUACCAGCUCUAUUGCAUUUUUGAAAGAAAGCUCUGUGUUUUGUUUGGAUAUCAUAAAUAGCUGCCAGCAUGUCUGUGGAUGAUCUGUUGAGCCAUGUUUGCUUUUGAGUAUUGGCUGUCAAGUUCAAGGUUAAGCAGGAUGCACUGUCCGAACACCAAUUUAGUCAUUUUAUCUUUCUCUCCAACAUCUUUCCUCUUAGAAAUGAUUUCUGAAACAUUUUCUAUCCUGUCAUCUCCAUCAUCGACUGACUGAUUGAUUCGUGUGCGGGCGCCUCAGUAUUCGCUGAUUCAGAGCUAUUGGGUGAUAUUCGGAGAUGGGCUGUUGUCCAGGAACUCUCCGACUCAGAAUUGGUUUUCAAUAAUGACAACCAACAAACAAGAGUUUUGACCAUUUUUUUCACCACAAGCUGAAUUAUUAUCAAGCGUAUGAAAAUGAAUUGGACAAUGUGAUCUAUAAUUGGCACUUUUAGAUAUUACACUUACACUAGAUACAGCUUUCAACCAGUUCUUGUCCCCUGUAAUUGAUUUUCAAACAAAAACGCAGUGUAAUUUAAUUUGAUUUUGGAGCCAAGCUCGUCCGGAUCACUUUGGAUCCUUUGAGAAUUGAACAAAAGCCUUGUAUAAAUUAUUUAAUGGCAUAGAUCUCUAAGAGUUUUCUUUCAUGUAGCGAGUGCAGAACAUUGACGUGGGCGGGCACCCAGCAAAUCUUGAAUGGAUGCUCUUUGGCACAGCUGAGAGUUUUCUGUGCAGGAGGGGGGCAGACCUGCACUUGGAGGUAUAACAUGCCAAUUUGAGUCGAGAGUGCACUGAAUACAAAUCACCCUGUGAGGCUCUGAGGCCUGAAAACAUUUGAGGCUUGUAAAAAAAAAAAAAAAAACAAGAAAAUCUUCAACUGGAAAAAGGGGAGAAUUUUCAGAUAAGCUAUUAUUAAAACCCAAAAUGAACCACUGACGUUUACAGUAUCGGUUUACUUUUCAAAGACGGUGCUUAUUUUCUAUCUAUGCAAUCAGUGGGUUUCCAACCGUGUUGUGAUAUGAUGAUGAAUAAACCACAAGCAGUUGUCCUAAACUGUGUAAAGAUUUGUACAGAAUUUGGUAACUGUUAUGGUUUGUUACAUAUUUAUGCAUAAUAAAUGACUUUGUACAAAUA